UUCUUCCUUCGAAGUUGAAAGGCAAAACUGGAGCGGCGGAAGCGAGCCGCUACUUUGCUACCUUCUCACACUCGUCGCGGAUGCAACGACUUCGUCUCUUUUGAGGAGCCACAUUGUCUAUUUUAACCCUCCAUCACGAUGGCGGGGGCAAUUAUCGAGAACAUGAGCACCAAAAAGUUGGUGAUCGUGGGAGUUAUACUGCUUUUGUUCCAGGCGUUCGCUUUCAUGGUCGGUGGGUUAAUUGCUCCCAGCCCCACCACGGCAAUCCAUUACCUGGCCACCAAAUGCGUGGACACCGCCAAGCACCGGCAGGAAGCCAAAUGGUUCAUGCCAUGGGGUCCCAAUCAAUGCGACAAAAUCCGCUCCUUUGACGAGGCCCCGGCUAAGAUGAUUGAGGCCAACAACAUUGUGUUUGCCGUCCACAUUCCUCUGCCCAACAAGGAGAUGAGCCCCUGGUUCCAGUUCAUGCUGGUCAUCUUGCAGUUUGACAUCGCCUUCAAGAUGUACAACCAGAUAGAGGACGGAGCCAUGGUCACCGUUGACGUGGGCCUGGCCUACAGAGAUGAUACAGUCAGCGAGUGGACCGAGAUGGCGCACUCAUUUGAACAACGGAAGCUCAGCUGCAACUUCACCACUUCCAAGACUUUUGAAAACGAGGGCCGUUACUACGAGUGUGACCUCCUGCCCUUCAUGGAGGUCGGCAGCGUGGCCCACAAGUACUAUCUUCUCAACGUUCGUCUGCCGGUCAAUGAGCGCAAGAAGAUCAACGUGGGCAUCGGAGAAAUCAAGGACAUUCGCUUGGUUGGCAUCCACCAAAAUGGCGGCUUCACUAAGGUUUGGUUUGCCAUGAAGACGUUCCUCACACCCAGCAUCCUCAUCAUCAUGAUAUGGUACUGGAGGCGCAUCACGCUCAUGACGAGACCUCCUGUGCUGCUGGAGAAAGUGAUCUUUGCUCUGGGCAUCUCCAUGACGUUCAUCAACAUCCCAGUGGAGUGGUUCUCCAUUGGCUUCAACUGGACCUGGAUGUUGCUUUUUGGAGACAUCCGACAAGGCAUUUUCUACUCCAUGUUGCUUUCCUUCUGGAUCAUCUUCUGCGGAGAGCACCUCAUGGACCAAACGGAGAGGAAUCGUUUCUCAGUGUAUUGGAAACAAGUCGGGCCCAUCGUGUUUGGGUCGUUCUGUCUCUUCAUCUUCGACAUGUGUGAGAGAGGUGUCCAGUUAACAAACCCCUUCUACAGCAUCUGGGCAUCUGAUGUCGGGACUGAGCUGGCUAUGGCUUUCAUAAUAGUAGCCGGGAUCUGCGCUUGCCUCUACUUCCUCUUCCUUUGCUUCAUGGUUUUCCAAGUCUUCCGCAACAUCAGUGGUAAGAGGUCUUCACUGCCUGCCAUGUCCAAGGCCAGACGCCUGCACUACGAGGGUUUGAUUUUUCGUUUCAAAUUCCUCAUGUUGGUCACGUUGGCCUGUGCCGCCAUGACUGUCAUCUUCUUCAUCAUCAGUCAGGUGAAUGAGGGUCACUGGCACUGGGGGGAACACACCGUUGAGGUGAACAGUGCCUUCUUCACGGGUAUCUACGGAAUGUGGAAUCUCUACGUAUUCGCCAUCAUGUUCUUGUACGCCCCCUCUCACAAGCGACAAAGCAUCACCGGCGAUACUGCAGCAAGCAGCGGCGAAGACAUCCAGCUGACUACGACCAUCACUCACGUCGACGGUCCCACUGAGAUCUACAAGAUGACUGGAAAAGAAGCCCAAGAGUAGCACCGCAUCAUCUUUGACAGCCACCCUUUAUUACCUACUGUUCCAACUGCCCCCUUUCCCCACCGACAUGUUGUACAUAAGUUACCCGAGCAACCUGACCCAACCGUGCCUGGCCACCUUGCAUGAACCUUUCAGUCGCCAGCCUGUUGAUCUGCAGUAUUGUCAACAAGUCAUUUCAUGUUGGAUACAUUUCCAUACUUGCUGUAUAGUGUUAUACGAUUUUAAAUGUUGCACUCUUUUGACACCAAGUUGGGUACAUGAAAGCUGCUUCAUUGAUCAAUUAGUUCAUAUUGUUACAUUUAUUCUUUUUCCGCUGGAGGGAUGCUAUGCUGCCACUUCAUGUUCUAUCUUCUAAUAAUUUCAUAGUGAAGGCCGUAUAACCUGUCACUAAUCUCUUCCAUACCAAGUAAAUCACGUGACACAUCAUUACAUUUUUUUUAUAUUUGGGAAAAUGUACAGAUCACAGCCUAUUUUUUAUAGUGUUUCCCAACUUCAAAAACAUGUAUCAAGCUCUAUCAUGUUAAGAGUUUAGAAGUUGCCAGUAGUCUGAUUAAAUGUCAUGUUUUUUUUAUUGUAAUUUAAAUAAAAGUACUUUUACUUAACUGCG